AGAUGGUCAGCAUAAACUCCCUGUAAACCUAAACCGGAAACUUGGCGGGGAUUGGAAACAUGGAAGACGACGAAGAAGCUCCACCUCUCGCUGUUGAAAUUGACCAACCCACGGAACCCUACCCUCAGCAGCAAUCCAAUUCGAGCGGCCACAAAGACGGUGACGCGCCCGUCGGCGUCACCGUCAUCACUGGCUAUCUCGGUGCGGGCAAAUCCACUCUGGUUAAUCAUAUAAUAAAUUCUCAACACGGGAAGAGAAUUGCUGUCAUAUUAAACGAGUUCGGUGAGGAAAUUGGUGUAGAAAGAGCUAUGAUAAACGAAGGAGAUGGGGGUGCGCUUGUUGAAGAGUGGGUUGAGUUAGCAAAUGGGUGUAUAUGUUGCACUGUCAAGCACAGUUUAGUGCAAGCACUAGAGCAACUUGUUCAAAGAAAAGAAAGACUUGAUCAUAUAUUGCUGGAGACUACUGGGUUAGCCAACCCGGCUCCGCUUGCUUCGGUUCUGUGGUUGGAUGAUCAGCUAGAAUCGUCUGUCAAGCUUGAUUCAAUUAUCACUGUUGUGGAUGCCAAGAACCUCCGUUUUCAGCUCAGCGAGAAUCAAAGUUCGUCUUCAUUUCCUGAAGCAUAUGUUCAGAUUGCAUUUGCGGAUGUUAUAAUUCUUAACAAGGUUGAUUUGGUUUCUCCAGAGGGUUCUGCGGAUUUUCUGGAGGAACUGGAGAAGGAGAUACAUAGUAUUAACUCACUUGCUAGUAUCAUUCGUUCUGUUCGUGGUCAAGUUGACUUGUCCAAUAUAUUGGACUGUCGGGCCUAUGAUGCUAUGCAUGCUACUCAUUUAGAAUCAUUAUUGGUAGAAACUCGUGCUUUGUCUACACGAGAUCUCCAUGACAGUGGUGUACGAACCUUAUGCAUUUGUGAGCCACGGCAGGUUGAUCUUGAAAAGGUUCGUUUAUGGCUUGAGGAGAUUCUUUGGGAGAAGAAACAUGGCAUGGAUGUUUACCGCUGCAAAGGGGUUUUGAGCUUUCACAAUUCAAAUCAAUUACAUACUUUGCAGGCAGUGAAGGAGAUAUAUGAGAUUGUGCCAACUCGUGAUUGGAAAAAGCAAGAAAAUCAGACGAACAAGAUAGUGUUUAUAGGUCAUAAUCUAAACGAGAAUGUUCUUACUGAGUCUUUUCAAGCUUGUGUAAUGUGACGAAACUGUUUUCAUUUUCGGUUACAAUAGUUUGUUGAUUUUUGCAAUUGUAUGGAUACAUGAAGUUGAAGGUUAGAAAGAAGUAUCUCAAUGAUCUCUUUGUUGAAAAAA